AUGUGGAGUGACCUCUUCUUCCCUAAUAAUCCUAAGAGAAGGGAGGAGCUCAUCCGCAAAAGUCAAGAGUUUCAACAUGUGAUGAAGAGCAACUUCGAAGCCACCAACCAACUAAUUGAUGUUAUGAACGAUCACUUGAGCUGCUCCUUAGAACAUAUCAAGCUAAACGAGGAAGCUUCUCUCCAGGAGAACUGUAAUGUGAUGAUUGAAUGCAUGCAUAAGAUCCAGGCAGUGGUAGAGAAUAUUGACAAGGAGCUGAAGGAGAAGCUGGAACCCACCCUGUAUGAGAAGCUGCAAAACAAGUCUCUGUCUACUACAGACUUUCAACUGAUUUCAAAAGCUUUGAAAGUAGUUUGUGGUUUUGCAACUGAGGGAUCUACUACUUUAGUUAGUCUUUUAAUUAAUAAAGGAGUAAUUCUAGCAAAAAUAACAAGUACAUUUGCUAAAAUUGGAGCAUUAACAUUAGCCAGUGUUGGGUUGGGAGUGGUGUUCAUGGGGGUCGACAUGAUUGUUGAGGCCAUUCUUGGGAGAAUUGAGCGUGAUCAACUUGAGAAGGUCCUGGAAGAGUAUGACAAAGCUUUGAAAGAAUUCAAACCAGCGUCUUUAGAAUAUCAGGAUAGCAUUACCUAUGUCCAAGUCAAAAUUAAGGAAAUUAAUAAAUAA